GUCACGCCUCUUUUUUUACCCUCUUAUAGACACGUGUUCUGAAUGGUAUAACUUAUUAAAUUAUAUUAUCAGAGUGGGUGUAAGUCGGAUAAAAGAGGAUGGACAUUAAAUUUCACGGUGAACGCGCCCUGGUUACAGGAGCUGGACAGGGUAUUGGACGUGCAUUAGCGAAGAAACUGGUAGAAUGUGGAGCGCAAGUUGUUGCAUUGAGUAAAACUCAAGCAAAUUUAGACUCUUUGAAGGCUGAAGUUCCCAGCAUUCAGACAGUUUGUGUUGAUUUGGCCAAUUGGGAUGAAACAAAAAAAGCAGUUCAAGGAUUAGGAAAUAUUGAUUUAUUAGUAAAUAAUGCUGCUUAUGGAAUUAUUAAUACUUUUGGCACCAUUGGACCAGAAGAUUUUGACAAAAUAUUUGCUGUUAAUGUCAAAGCAGUUAUUAAUGUAUCUCAGAUUGCAGCUGAGGGAAUGAAGAAGAAAAGAAAAGGUGCCAUUGUAAAUGUAUCCAGUCAAGCAGGCAUGGUAGGUAUGAAAGAUCAUGCAUUGUAUGGUGCUUCUAAAGGUGCUUUAGAUCAACUAACAAGAAUUAUGGCAUUAGAGCUUGGUCCCUACCAGAUACGUGUCAAUUCAAUCAAUCCUACUGUAGUAAUGACAGAAAUGGCAAAAGUUGGAUGGAGUGAUCCCGUUAAAGCUGCAGAUAUGAAAUCAAAAAUUCCAUUAGGCAGAUUCUGUGAUCCUGAACAUGUUGUGAAUGGAAUUAUUUACCUUCUCAGUGACAAGGCAGAUAUGAUCAAUGGUGCAAUUUUACCCAUCGAUGGAGGAUUUACAGCUUGUUAACUUGCUCUCAAAUUUUGAGUUUUUAUUUUUCUA